UGAUAAUGCCUCUUCUUGUAUAGUGUUUGCAAGCGCUGGCGAGGCUGCCCAUUACGUCAUCGUCUUGGCCUUCGUUAAUACGAGGAUUUCCGCUACGGGAUGUGGUGGUGGCGGUGGUGGUAGCAGCAGUAGUAGUAGUGGAAGUAAUGGUAGUAGUGGUAGUAGUAGGCUAGUUGUUAUCGUUGUUUCCCGCGACAGUGGAAUCAGUUUUGUUUUAGCGUUUUCCGUAACCGCAAUAAUGAUAUUAGUAAUAAAAAAAAUUAUAGCUCCAAUAGUAGUCGUAUAUCCUAGUAGCUGCAACAGUGGUGUGUGUGUGUGUGUGUGUGUUUAAACUUGCGCAGUAACGACAGAGGAAAUCCUGGCGUCAAAUUACUAUCUGAAAUCAUCACAUCUAUAACACACCACACACACACACACACAGUCUAGCCUCCCCGGAGCCAUGAAGAACACCAAGAACACCUCGCUCACCGUCUUCCCGCUGCCGCUGCUGUCACGGGCCCCGCCAAUGGUCCUGCUGCUGCUGCUGCUGCUGUUUGGCCCCGGAGGCUCCCCCUGCCACGCCCUGGACUGGGAAUGCCGCGCCAAUAUCACCGUCACGGCUCAAGAUACAGCCGAGGUCAACAUUACCACUGAACGACACGGAGGCACAGAAAUCAAAAGGGCGACGUUGUUCGUGCAGCCCCAGCCAGGCUUCCAGGGCGUCAGUCUCGUGGGGAAGGUUUCUGAUGGUGAUGCUGAUGAGGUGGUCGUUGCCUGGUUCUCGCUGAACGAGACUUGUCUUCGAGGCUACGACCGCUGGUGGCAGUUGGAUGCGGAGGUAUAUAACCUUACUAACCCAUACGGCGUUACCCGUGAUCAACUUGUAUUUGGCGUGCACGUUGGCCAUUGUUACAGUGUGUGUAGUCGCGGCCCCUUCCGCAAUGUACUGAGCCUCCAGGUCAGGGCUCACGGCGCCUCACGCUGGAGCCUCACGGACUGUGCCAACAAAACCACUGUGCAGAAUAUCACAUCGCCAUCACUGGUGCCCUGCUUGGACCCUCCACCCACACCAGGCGUGCCUCCUCACACCACCAGCCCCACAACCCCUGCCACACCCUCACCACCCAAGCCUCAUCACACCACCAGCCCCACAACCCCUGCCACACCCUCACCACCCAAGCCUCAUCACACCACCAGCCCCACAACCCCUGCCACACCCUCACCACCCAAGCCUCAUCACACCACCAGCCCCACAACCCCUGCCACUGAAACACCUCCCUCUUAUGUAUUGGUGGGGGUGGGGGUGGGGGUGGCCAUGCUGGUGGUGGUGAUCUUGGUGGUGGUGGUGGUGGUGGUGCGACGGCGGGGACAGCAGAUGAAGCCAGAAGACGCAGACCAGCAGCGAACUAGUCCAGCGGCGCCCGGCGUGAGGGAGGAGGUGGUCAACAGCCUGUACGAGCCCUUUGACCGCCCUGCACCGUCCUGCGUGACGGAGGAGGUGGUCAACAGCCUGUACGAGCCCUUUGACCGCCCUGCACCGUCCUGCGUGACGGAGGAGGUGGUCAACAGCCUGUACGAGCCCUUUGACCGCCCUGCACCGUCCUGCGUGAGGGAGGAGGUGGUCAACAGCCUGUACGAGCCCUUUGACCGCCCUGCACCGUCCUGCGUGAGGGAGGAGGUGGUCAACAGCCUGUACGAGCCCUUUGACCGUCCUGCACCGUCCUGCGUGAGGGAGGAGGUGGUCAACAGCCUGUACGAGCCCUUUGACCGCCCUGCACCGUCCUGCGUGAGGGAGGAGGUGGUCAACAGCCUGUACGAGCCCUUUGACCGUCCUGCACCGUCCUGCGUGACGGAGGAGGUGGUCAACAGCCUGUACGAGCCCUUUGACCGUCCUGCACCGUCCUGCGUGACGGAGGAGGUGGUCAACAGCCUGUACGAGCCCUUUGACCGUCCUGCACCGUCCUGCGUGAGGGAGGAGGUGGUCAACAGCCUGUACGAGCCCUUUGACCGUCCUGCACCGUCCUGCGUGAGGGAGGAGGUGGUCAACAGCCUGUACGAGCCCUUUGACCGUCCUGCACCGUCCUGCGUGAGGGAGGAGGUGGUCAACAGCCUGUACGAGCCCUUUGACCGCCCUGCACCGUCCUGCGUGAGGGAGGAGGUGGUCAACAGCCUGUACGAGCCCUUUGACCGCCCUGCACCGUCCUGCGUGAGGGAGGAGGUGGUCAACAGCCUGUACGAGCCCUUUGACAGCCUGCGCCAGCCGCCCCCAGCCGUCACCGUCCCCACACACCUCCAGAAGUGAUGAUGACGGUGGUGAAGGUGGUAGAGGUGGUGGUGGUGAUGAUGGUAGAGGUACUGUUAAUAGUGGUAGAGGUGGUGAUGGUAGUAGGCAUUCACAUUCUGUUCACUCUAGCCCCGUACAUAAGCCCCGCCCACUCGAGCCCAACACCCACCAAUGAGCUGCAACCUUUCCCAGCAUUAACCAAUCACAUGCAGCCACAGCGAGAAAGGGGGCGUGGCUUGCUUGUGGAUCAGCCCGUGGUAUACACUUAACAGGAAAGGGGGAGGGGCUUAUUUGCCUAGUUCAGGGGUUCCCAACCUGGGGUACAUGUACCCCCAGUGGUACAAUUGCACUUUUCGGGGGGUACAUUGGGUCCGAGAGAAUAACCACUACUGUACAGUACAUUUUAGUAAGCAAAACUGUUAUUUAAAUUUAUCAUCAGUGUACAUACAGAUUGAAAUUUUCAUUAUAUCAAAAUAUUACAAUUUCAUCGUUUUUUUAUAAUAUUUUUUUUCGGGGUACACAGGAACCUAUGAAAAAUGCCCAAGGGGUACAGAGGAACAAAAAGGUUGGGAACCCCUGGCCGAGUUAGAGUGAACAGAUGACAGUGGUGGUGGUGGUGGCAAUGAUGAUGAUAGAAAGUGUUGUUGGUAGGAUAGUAAGUAAGAUUAGGGAUAUACUCUAUAGCUACUCGUGGCCUCAGUGCUCAUAUCGUAUCAUUAUUGUACUCUUCAAGUCUGCAUUGAGUUAUAUGGAAGUCCAAAUGCUUUAGCUAUAAGAGAACCAAACUUGAUUGACAAUGUGAUUUCCGCUUGACAGAAGUAAACAAAAAAAUAAAUAGAAUAAGAUAAACAGACAUGUAACUGGAUUUUGUGGGAAGCUUUGGUUAGUAGAGGAUAGUAGAUUAAUGUUAAGAAAUGUAUUUAUCUUGACCUGAUUUGCUCGUAACUAUGAAUGUGAUUUAUAUUAUAGUUCUUUAAAAAGUUAUGAUGAUGAUGAUGAUGAUGAUAGUGAUAAUGAUAAGAAGAAUAUAAGGGAAGAGAAGAAGAAGAAAUAGAAUAAGAAAAAUAAUUAGAAGAAGAAGAAGAAGAAGAAGAAGAAGACGAAGGAGAAGAAAAAGAUGGAAAAGAAGAAGAAGAAGAAGUAUAAAAAGGAAAACAAGAGCAAGUACAAAACAAGGAGAAUGGUGAUGAUCUAAAUAAUGAAAAAAUUGUAUAACUAAAAAAAUAAAAAAUACAUAGUUGCCAAUAAUUAACUAAGAAAAGUCGAGGUAUAGCCUAGCAUCACUCUGUAUACAAGGUAAGAAUAAACAAUAAAACAAAU